GACUACGACUACGGCCACGACAACGACAACUUCAGCUCCUGCUACUCGAGCUAUCACUUUGACUACCACUACGACCCCGACUACGAACCCGGCUACGACCCCGACUACAGCCACGACAACGACAACUCCAACUUCAAGGAUUUCCACUGGAACUACUACUCUAAAUGCGACUACAAAUACGGCCAUGGCAACGACAAACCCAGCUCCAAUGGCUUCUACUGGAACAGCGGUCGAUGUAAAACCUACAGGCAACCCAAAUGAUACCCCCGGAACUACUACUUUGACCACAACUACGGCCAUAACAACUCCAGCUCCAGCUCCUACUAGAGCUACCACUUUGACUAUGACUAGGACCCAGACUAGCUUAAAUCCUUCUUUUCAGCCAACGCUCCCGUCUGCUCCUCUACCUGCCUCAUCUGGUACUGAUACUACUGGGCAAGCGAAAGGCACGGUUAUUCCGAUAAGCACCUUGCCAUAUUCUCUUACUGGAACAACGGCGACAACGGCUCUGACGACUUCAUCGCCUCCAGGUAUCCCUCCUGUUAAUACAGAAACGGUAUCACCUCCUAAUACAAAUCCGGUUCCUGUAGAUCCUGGCGUGCUAAGUACUACUGGACUGGUUGGUGGCACCGUGGGUUCUGGACAAACCUCAACAAACCCAGAUACCCCUGGAACGACCGCGACCACGACCACGACCGCUGCUUUGACAACCACUGAUCCAGCAACAACCGAGCAAGCAACCAUCAACCCAGAAAUGACCGCUGAGCCAACAGAAACUGAGCCAGCAGCAGUUACAACUACCAGUCCAGCAAAUCUCGUUAUACCAACUAAUGCGCCGAUUCCUACUGCCACGACUACUGCACAAAACGUCGCCGUACAGCCUGUCCCCCCUCCUCAAACGGUCCCCUUACCUGCUACUUCAGCGACAGGCAGUUCUCCCACUACUACCGUGCUAACGACUAUUGCGCCAGCAACCACUGCACCACCGCCUACCACUCAGCCAAGCAGCCCACAUGCCACUGCAGCGAUUCCAGCACAACCGCACGAUGUCAACCCAAAUCCAGACACAUCAGAAAUAACCACCGUUGUCGUUGCAACCGGAACUUCUGUCCUCUAUGUGACAGCCCCCGGUACUGCCCCUACUACCACUACCGGCACAGCUGCACCAACAAUCAUGGUCAAUCCCACCGCCGAUCCACACGCAGGUCCAAAAGCUGGGGCGGAGGGUAAUGUUAGCUACGUGACCAUGUGGGCAACGGCGACUAUUACCGACACGGUGACAGUGACUACAACGACCACAACGACCGAGUUUGCAACACAGCCUUCUUCUUCUUCUUCUUAGGGAGGAAGGUGGCCGGACUCUUGGAAUCUCUAAAAUCCCUUUUGAUUCUACCACGAGGGUGCACACUCCCUUUGAUUUGUCCAUUUGAUUUGUCUAGUUUGCAUGUACCAACCAGUCCGAUCCACAUUGUUUGGCGGUAGUUUUCCAUUUUGUUGACACAUACCAGAUGAACUAAACUAAUACCAUUAAUAGACCUCAAUUCUGUAUUAUCUAAACAUCCAGA